AUGACCGCUGCUCGAGGCAACGGUAUCGCGGCUUCAUCGCCCAAGGCGACUACCAACGCUAUCGUUCACCAUGUCGACGACCUGUUCUCGCCCAACGCCUCGGUCACGAGCUCGGACACCCUGACAGCGACGGGCUUGGCACCAUCUCCAGCGUUUGUCACUCCAAAGCCAGUGAUGAAGCGACGGGCCUCGCGCGCGGCUCCUCCCCCGCCCAUCCUCGUACAGACCUCGUCGCCGCCCAGGCCACAGCUCCCGUCCUUGCCCAGCUCUGCCAGCAGCCUGCAGACGCUGCUGGUCGACAAUGAAGCCGGAGAGGAGAACGAUAAUGUUGGUGAGCUGGUCACGACUCCCAGCCGUCGUGGCUUCACAAUGAACAUUGAGCGGCCUACAACUCCACGAAGCGCAGAGGCCGUCGACGAACGUCCCGUGUCGCCCAUGUCCCCAUGGAGGAGCAUGGACGCACCGGCAAGCGAGUCUACCUACGCGCCAUACGUUCCUCCGACUCGCAAGCCAGGACAGCGUCCGCCAUCGUGGCAUCGUAACAGUCUCGAAGUGCCGAGCUUCAAGCUCCCGCCUCCUUCUCCUUCAUCGCCCAUGCACGACUCCAGCUUUGAGCCGACGCCAUACCACGGCCUUCACGCGCGCAACCUGUCGGCCUAUUUCCCCCAGCCUGGCGCUCCGCGAGCCCCUACCAGCCCCUCGUCCGAAGUGGCCGGCGAGAGCACGAUUCCUGAUGCCGACCGCAAGAUCUACGGUGGCCCCCAGGACUGGCAGUUUGGGUCGCAGCCGCCUCCCGGUGCUGCCCAGUCGCUCGAGUCGACCCCAGGUCCCCGUGGCAAGCGACGUGGUCACCACCACAAGCACUCUCUUUCCCACAACUUCUUCUCCUUCCUCGACCCCACCCAGACCGUCCCCAAGCCCGAGGACCCGGCCUCGCCAGUGGCAGUGUCGCCGGCCGACGCCACGCCCCAGCCUGUGCCCAUGAACAUUACCCAGUCGACAACCACCUUGUCACCGCUUCCGCCGAGCAAGCACGACCCGCAAGUCCAGCUUUUAAUCUCGUUUGCCGUGGUCGAGGCUGUUCUGGGCGCGGGCCUGUGGGUCGAGGGCCAGAUCAGUGGAUGGCACUGUCUCGCCGGUGUUGGAUACCUGGUCGUGUUCGACGCGAUGGGCGUGGGAGUCAACCUUCUGGCCAGGUCGGACAACAUGGGCUGGCGUAGUCUGCAAAAGCCUUUUGGAUCCUCACGCAUGACGUCGCUGUGGUGUUUUACCCAGUCGCUCUUCCUCAUGUUCGCGGCAGUGUAUAUUGCCAAGGAGGCGCUCGAGCAGGUCGUGCUUGGCGCCGGCGCACACGAGCACGGCGUCGGGACGCACAGCCACGGCGAGGUCGUCCCCGGCGAGGAGAGACCGUUCCCGCGCCUGUUUCUCGCGCUCGCGUCGGCCGCCACAUUCUUCUCCGGUGCCCUGUUGGCCAACCAUAGCCGACUCGUUGAUGCCACGGGCCCCAUCUUCCUUCCUCCGUGGUGGACCUCGAGGUCGUUUGUCCAGGCGAACAAGUUCCUUGCCAACCCGUACACCAUCACUGUUGCGGGAACUUGUGCUGUCCUGCUCGUCGCUGGCCUCAUUGUGCCAAGUUCCUCUCUGCAGAGCCUCGACUCUGUCGUCUCGCUCCUGCUCACCCUUCUGACCUCUGCGCUCGCGUGGCCGCCCACCGCUGCGUUUGCCCAGAUCCUUCUCCAGACUGCGCCACCUGCAGCGUCGGCGCAGAUGAAGGAUCUGCGCCGUGCGCUUCGCGAUGUCGCAGACGACCGCCGCGUGCUGGGGCUCGGGACGUUCCGCUGCUGGGCCGUCAACGCCGGCAAGCCCGCUCCCGACAGCGUGCGCGUCCCGUCGGCACCCAACUCGCGCCGCGGGUCGGUCAGCACCACGUCCCCCUCCGUCUCGGCGUUUAUGCAGAACGGCGCGUCCAGCGCCGACCUCAACGCCUUGGGUCUGGCGUUUGAACGCCUGAACGGCGGAGGCGGAGGCGGGGCCAAGCCCCUGUCCAAGGCCAACGGCAGCUCCAAUGGCAGCGCGGCGGCGCCGGCGUUUCUGGCCCAGGUGCCACUUGUGGUGACGCUCGUCGUGCAUGUGCACCCGGAAACGACUGACCGGGACGUCAUGGACGUGACCCGUCUGUCGUGGUCCAAGUUGACGCAUGCCGUCAACGGGCGCGCGGGCACUGCCGGCGGCGAGGGCGAGUCGACAGCAGCCAAAAGGAGACUGAUUCGCGACUUUAAGCGUCUCGCGACAGAGGCGCCCGAGGGCAUCUCGGGUUCACCUUGCCAGGACAACAUCAUGGUGUGGAACGCUGUCAUCUUUGGUCCUCCCGACACACCGUUCGAGGACGGCUCGUUCCGCCUCACCCUCACCUUUACCGACGCGUACCCGAACAAGCCCCCUACAGUGCGCUUUGUGUCGCGCAUGUUCCAUCCCAACAUCUACAACAACGGUGAACUGUGUCUCGACAUUCUCCAGAACCGCUGGUCGCCUACAUACGACGUGGCCGCCAUCCUCACGUCUGUCCAGAGUCUCCUGAACGAUCCAAACCCCAGCAGUCCCGCAAACGUCGAAGCUGCUACGCUGUUCAAGGACAACAAGCAGGAGUACGAGCGCCGUGUCAAGGUUACAGUCGAGCAGUCGUGGGUCGACGACGAGGACCUCCAGCGCGAGGCCAACUCAUCACCCGCCGACGGCGACGGCUCCCUCGCACGGCCCGCCGCGCCCGCCCCGGCCUAA